AAAUUUAUCAGUGUAAAAGGGACACGAUGUUUCACAUCACUACAGAUGUCUGAACAACCGAUAUACGUCAUUUUGUGGCGUGUUAUGAGCUGUUUUAGAUAUUUAGUUUACAUCCUGCUGACCGCUGUGCAUUCGUGGUAACACGUGUGUAGUCUGUUUCCAUCCGGCACCAUGCAUGCUACUGGCUAACGUUGCUAUUAUAGUAGUAUUACUAAACAUCCUAGAUCCUGUUUGGAGGUGUUUUACACGUCUGUUUACUACACAGGCUAUAACGAAAUUUGGAUAGUUGAAAUUUUGUGUGAUCUUAAACGUAUGUCGUAAUGCGAUAAAGUUGUUUUGAACGUCGAGUGCUGUGCACAGUUUGCAUUUAAAAAGUUUCCACCUAAAAAUUAAAUAUUUUGAGUGCGAAGAUCGAUUUAGUCCUUCAGCAUGUACUCGGAGUACCAGGAGAGAGAGGAGUACGAGGAUGAGCUGUACAAGGAUGAAGAUGGCUCCAGCAGUUCAGAAGUGGAUAGUGAGCUGGAGUUCAGACUUUACAGCCAGCUGCACUAUUGCAGCAGCUCAAGACAGCAGGAGAACCAAAAUGGACUAGAGGGGAACUGGGAGGGACAGCAGGAGAAUCGGAAUGGACUAGAGGGGAACCGGGAGGGACAGCAGGAGAAUCGGAAUGGACUAGAGGGGAACCAGGAGGGACAGCAGGAGAAUCGGAAUGGACUAGAGGGGAACCGGGAGGGACAGCAUGAGAAUCGGCAGCAGCAGGCGGUCAUUGUCAUUGAUUCGGGCCCAGAGGUCGUCACUCUCUCGGACAGCACUGAAGAUGAAGAGGGGGUUUGUGUGUCUAAGGGCUUGAAGUCUCAGCCUCCAGGCUCUGCCCAUGGCAGGCGUGUGCCCCCACAGUCUACCCCCCGGAAAGUUUCAGCAGACACAUCCCUGGGCGAGACGGCCUGGGAGAACGCCGUCAUCACAUUGGGGUCAGACUCUGAUUUGACCCUGGACUCGGAUUCUGACGACCUGGAGAACUGGAUGAUCCUGGGCCAGAAUAAACUGGAAGGAGAUUGUAGGAUACAGCUCAACCUGGAAGGCAUGGGGAACAGCAGUCCCACAGAGGAUGGUGAUGAUACCAACCAGAUCUGGACCAUUUCAAAGAGAGACAUGAUGGCUCAGAUCAGUAACCGGAGGUCAGGGACACGAUACUCGACCAACCGCUAUUAUACAGACAAAACUGUUACCUGCCGCAGCUGCAACAAGUUGGGACACCUGUCAAAAAACUGUCCAGAGCCCAAGCUCCCAUCCUGCUUGCUGUGUGGCAAUCAGGGCCACAUCCAGCAUAACUGUCCGCACCGACACUGUGCCAACUGCGGCCGGCCUGGUCACGGCUAUGAAGACUGCGUGGAGCGCGCCUCCUGGACCAAGCAGUGCUACCGCUGCACGAUGCCCGGGCAUUUCCACGACGAGUGCCCAGAGAUCUGGAGACAGUACCACCUCACGACGAAGACAGGCCCUCCAGUAAAGCCAGACAGAGAAGCCCCCCCCCGGAGCCCAGCAUACUGCUACAACUGCUCCCGCAAAGGCCAUUUUGGCUUCGAAUGCAAGGAGAGGAGAAUGUUUAAUGGAACCUACCCCACGGCCCCCUACAUCUACUACUACGACAAGGAGAAGGAUAUCAGCAAGCGUGACAAGCGAAUGGCAAAGAAGGUGCAAGAUUUACAGGAAGCUGGAUUAUUGGUACAAACCCAACCCGACCAGACUUUGACUGUGGGCGGGGAAGAAGAGAACCAGCCGAGGAAGAAGAGGAAACUCACCAAAGGAUGUGCGAGGAAGCAACAUAAGGACAAGAAGGCAUCUCCCCAGGGUAAGAGUGAGCAGAAGGAGGCGGGUCAGGAGAAGACAGGGAAGCGGCACCACCUGCUGUCCAAGCCGUGGCGGCAGAAGCGCAAGGAGCGCCGGCAGCAGAAGAAGCAGCGGAGAGAGAGGGCGGCCCAGCAGCCGGCUGCACCGCGUGACCCUGAGGACUUCCCGCGGGGCCCCAAGAAGAGGACAGGGACCCCCGUGUCAGCUCACAAGGGCAAAGGCACCCCGGGUUUAUUUAACCAUGCCGACAGAGGGCUGAAGGGCAAACGGCGAAGGCCAAGGGGGAGGGACAGGAAGCCGGAAAACCUGUACCCAACUGACGAGAACCUCUUCCUUAUCAAGCAGAGGCGCAAGAAGUAGCACCGUGCAGCGGAACGUUCCGUGCAGCCACUUCUGGAUUUGCAGGGCACGCUGUGGUUUCUCAGCGCCCCAGCAUCCGCACUGCUCUAACGACGACUGUAAGCACUCUACAGCUGACUGCUGACUUUGGCUUGAAAUCGUCACAUUUAUGUGCAAAAUGUUUGUUUUUUUGGCGUUGGCCAAAAAACGCGUGAUGUGUCUCUCUGUGUUCCCACAAAGCUGAGGUGAUGUUUGAGGGGGAAAAAGACCCUGAUUUUGACCGAAAAGUGGGAGGGAGUUGGUGUUUACACCCCAUACCCCUUGGUAAUAUGGGUCACACAGAUGAGUGCUCAUGAUUGCCUGGUGGACAAAUGAUCACCUGUGGUACAUCAACCAGAAGAUCUAAAAUUGUGAGCUUCAUGUUGGAAUUGAGGCUUGACGUGACGUAUUUUGAAAAGCAAAAAAAGCACAUUUGACUCUUUGAUUAAAACACCAUUUUGAAAACA